AUGUCUUCUCACGGCGAUGCAGAGGCGGCGAAAAAACCUCUGCUUAAAAACAAUGCGGCGGAGAGGUGGUGGAGCAAGAUUAUUGAUGUGGAUGAGGCUAAAGAUCAGAUUCUCUUCGCACUGCCCAUGAUUUUGACCAAUGUUGCCUACUAUUUCAUACCUUUGGUUUCUGUAAUGUUCGCCGGCCACCUCGGAGACCUCGAGCUCGCUGGCUCUAAUCUUGCCAAUUCAUGGGCUGCUGUAACUGGUUUCGCUCUUAUGGUUGGCUUGAGUGGUGCACUCGAGACAUUAUGCGGCCAAGGAUAUGGCGCAAAACAGUAUACGAUGCUUGGAAUAUACCUACAGGCGUCCUGUAUUAUAACCAUCAUUUUUGCCAUUGCUGUAUCAGUUCUCUGGUGGUAUUCCGAUAUCGUUCUGACUUUUCUACAACAAGACCCUCAGAUAUCGAAAGCAGCUGGUCUCUACUUGAAGCAUCUCAUUCCUGGCUUACUUGCAUAUGGGUUUUUGCAAAAUAUUUUAAGAUUUCUUCAGACACAAUCAGUUGUUGUUCCGUUGGUUGUGUGCUCGUUGCUCCCUCUACUUCUCCAUAUUGGCAUCGCCUAUGCUUUAGUUCAUUGGACUGCACUUGCAUAUAAAGGAGCACCAUUAGCAGCUUCAAUUUCACUGUGGAUCUCGGUCCUUAUGCUAGGCAUGUAUGUGCUUAAAGCAAAGAAAUUUAAGGACACGUGGAAGGGAUUCCGGUCAGAGUCUUUAGGUCACAUCUUCUCGAACUUGAAGAUAGCCCUACCUUCAGCAGCUAUGGUGUGUUUGGAGUAUUGGGCUUUCGAGAUUCUGGUUUUGUUGGCUGGACUGAUGCCAAACUCAGAAGUUACUACUUCGCUAAUAGCAAUGUGUGUAAAUACAGAAGCCAUUGCCUACAUGGUUGCUUAUGGACUCAGUGCUGCUGCAAGCACAAGGGUGUCUAACGAGUUGGGAGCUGGAAAUCCCGACCGAGCUAAGCGUGCCAUGAUUGUCACACUAAAGCUAACUAUUCUUCUUGCACUCUGUGUCAUUUUAGCUCUCGCUUUUGGUCAUAACUUGUGGGCUAGCUCCUUCAGUGACAGUUCAGUUAUAAUCAAUGCAUAUGCUACAAUGACACCCUUUCUCUUGGCGUCUAUAUUAUGUGAUUUUAUCCAAGGAAUCUUAUCAGGUGUGGCCAGAGGAUGCGGUUGGCAGCAUUUGGCUAUGUGCAUUAAUUUGGCAACAUUCUAUCUCAUUGGCAUGCCAAUUGCCGCUCUCCUCGGUUUCAAGUUUAAACUAUAUGCCAAGGGAUUGUGGAUUGGCCUAAUUUGUGGUCUCUCAAUCCAGACUAUAGGGCUGUUGUUGCUUACGAAGUUUACGAAGUGGAAAAGAAUAGAGUCGUCCCCAUAUUCAUCGCAAAAGCCUGUUGAGAUUCUUGUAUGA